UUCUCAGCGCUAGCGCUUACCUCAAAGUUUGUUAUCAUCACAAACAUCAGACAUAGCUUCCGUCCUCCGCAACACAUUGGACACUCAACCUACUGGACAGCAGUUUGCUCAACAUACAGAGGAUGGCCUUAAGGGCGUACGCCACCUUUUGGAAUUCUACCCAACAAUGUUCUUCGUUCAUGCAAUUCAGCAGCUGCCUGCUGCACUGGUUCUAGGGAGAAUGGCUCUCAGUUUGUUGGACAGCUCCUUUGACAUCUCCAUUGAUCACUGCAAAGUCAUCUCAGACUUCGUUCUGGACUUCAUGGACAAGCAAUGGCCCAAAACAACUUCAACACAGAUCUCGGAGCUUCACCACAUUGCCAAGGUAGCCAUAGCUAUGGAGGAGCAAUCCGAACUUGUUGAGAGAUCUGUUUGGCUUUUGUCGACGAUGUCUUCCCUCAUCAUCCUCUCCGAUCAUUGUUUAUUCUCUCACUCCGACACAUUCAAAUGUUUUAUGCAGCUCGCUGUACUGGGCUUGCACAUGAUACCUAACGAAGGCGUGCGAACCAAAGAAGCUGUCUUUCUCUACCUUGACCGAAAACCUCUAAGUGACAUAGGAAUCGCAGUUGUCACAAUGCUCCUGAAUGCGUCAGCCGCGCCAUCAUCGUCCUCAUCUGAGCAAAUUACAUCCUUUGAUGCGGUAUUUAGAACCCUCACCGUGCACGAUAUGGCACACAAUUCCGAUGAACACAUUUCUUCUGACGGUCUUUUGCUUCUUCACAAGCUGAUGGGCGGAGUGGGAGCUUCCGCGCCGUCCACUCCUGGUAUGAAUACGAGUUCACCCAGGUUACCCAGGUCGUUAUUUGACGGCAGCUUACUCACUGGCAACUGGGAUCGAUCUGCACUAUGUUCCAUUCAUAGCUCUUCACUCACGGAGGUGCGGCAUCUCUCCGAGGCAGAGAUUAUUCACCACCGAACACGUCUGCGCUCCACGUGGGUACACUUGGCUCAGUCGCAGAUUUCAUACGAAAGUUGCUUGCCACCAAAAUUGAUCGAAAUCUGGUAGUCUUUGCUUGACCGUCCAUGGAGCGGCUUUCCUCGCUUCGCUAUCUCAUGUCAUCUCCAUCACACACACAAUGAUCGACAGCAAUCGGCACGCGUA